ACGGCUUCCGGGUUAGUCCGGCGGGUUACAAUGUGGGAAGGGGUUCUCUGCUCAUUGUUAUACUGCAGCGUGUAACAGGGGCCGCCGCCAUCCAGCGACUCUCCUUCCACUCCCCCCGACCUGCUCCCUCACCCGCCCUGACUGGAAACCCACAGCUCCCGGCUGGGAGCUGCAGCCGCUCGACGAUGCAAGGAGGAGACGUGACAGUUCCAGCUUCUACCUCCAUGAAAGUGCCUGAAGCUGAUGUGAAAGCAGAAGCGCCUGUCCACAAACUCUUGGGAAGAGGAAAGGGCUGGCAGUACAGUGAUCACAUGGAGAAUGUACAUGGAUAUUUGAUGAAAUAUACAAAUCUUGUCACAGGCUGGCAGUAUCGAUUCUUUGUUUUAAAUAAUGAAGCUGGACUACUAGAAUAUUUUGUCAACGAGCAAUCCAGAAAUCAAAAGCCAAGAGGCACUUUGCAGCUAGCAGGGGCGGUCAUCUCACCAAGUGAUGAAGACUCUCACACCUUUACAGUUAAUGCUGCUAUAGGAGAACAGUAUAAACUAAGAGCUACUGAUGCAAAGGAACGUCAACACUGGGUUAGCAGACUUCAGAUAUGUACUCAACACCAUACAGAAGCUAUUGGGAAGAAUAAUCCCCCUUUGAAAUCUCGAAGUUUUUCCCUGGCUUCUCAGGGAAACAGUUCUCCAGGUGUACAGAGAAGAGCAAGUCAGAGUGCUGCUGCUUUCUUUGGUGUAACUCAUCACAAGGGACUUGGGCUGUCAAAGAGAUCCCAUGUCCUGCAACCAGAUCAUUUGGUGGAUGUUCGUGAGAUGAUGAACCAGGCUGAAGGACAACAUAAGGAUCUUGUGCGAGCCAUUGAAGGAUUGCCUCCCUUUGGAGAACAAAUAUCAGCACUGGACCAAGACCUGCUUAUGCUCAAAGCCACCACAAUGGCAACAAUGAACUGUUUGAAUGAUUGCUUUCAUAUUCUCCAGCUCCAGCAGGCUGCCUACCAGAGGAAUUCCUUUGCUACAGGGACAACAAUUGAGUGGUUGGAACCUAAAUUGCCACUAUCGGACCAUCUUAAGAAUGGAAAGGCACGACAGCCAUCGAUUGAAAAAGAUCAGACAAAAGCAGCUAGUGGAAUACAGCCUGUUUCUGAACCCUGCCAAUCAACACGGGAACCUGAGAGAAUAAAUCCAGAUGAAGAAAUAGAAGAUACCUUUGAGAACAAUGAGGAGGAUGAUCUUGGAGUUGUAGAAGAACAACGUAGCGUUAUAUUGCACUUGCUGUCUCAGCUGAAGCUUGGCAUGGAUUUGACACGAGUAGUGCUUCCAACCUUCAUAUUGGAAAAACGUUCAUUACUGGAGAUGUAUGCUGAUUUUAUGUCCCAUCCAGACCUCUUCAUUGCUAUCACAGAUGGUGCUACCCCUGAAGAAAGGAUGAUCUGCUUUGUUGAGUAUUACCUCACCUCAUUCCAUGAAGGCCGCAAAGGAGCCAUUGCUAAGAAACCGUACAAUCCAAUUAUUGGUGAAACAUUUCACUGUUCAUGGAAUGUACCAAAAACCACAUUAAACAAUAAAUCAUCCAAUACCUCAUCACAGAGUUGUCAGCAAAAGACAAAAUGUUCUGAUGGGACAGAAGGAAGAAGCCAAUCAGACUAUCAUUUGAGAUUUGUGGCAGAGCAGGUGUCCCACCAUCCACCUGUUUCAGGAUUUUAUGUAGAGUGUGAAGAGAAAAACAUGUGUGCAAAUACACACGUAUGGACGAAAAGCAAGUUUAUGGGCAUGUCUAUUGGAGUUGUAAUGAUUGGAGAAGGUCUUCUAUGCCUCUUGGAACAUGGCGAGGAGUACACAUUUACUCUUCCUUGUGCAUAUGCUCGUUCCAUUUUGACUGUUCCUUGGGUAGAACUUGGAGGAAAAGUUAAUGUCAACUGUGUAAAGACUGGUUACUCUGCAGCUAUUACUUUCCACACAAAACCAUUUUAUGGUGGCAAACUUCACAGGGUGACAGCUGAAGUAAAACACAAUGCGACGAACACUGUUGUGUGCAGAGUGCAGGGUGAAUGGAAUGGUCUGCUCGAAUUUACUUACAACAAUGGAAACAGUAGAACUGUAGAUGUAACUAAACUUCCUGUCACUAAAAAGCGAGUGCGACCAAUUGAAAAACAAGGCCCUUUUGAAUCUAGACGCUUGUGGCAACAUGUUACUGAAGCUUUGGAGGUAAACAACAUAGAUAAGGCAACUGAAUAUAAGAGCUUAUUGGAGGAACGUCAGAGAUCAGAAGCACGACACCGUGCAGAGACAGAGACACCAUGGGAAACGAAAUAUUUCCACCAGGAGGGUGACGGUUGGAUCUACUACAAGCCUCUAUGGAGGUCUACAAGAGACAACAUUGAGAUAAGUGCACCGACACCUUAGACUCUCUGCAACUGGACUAGAGCAACAUGGCAUUAAAUAAUCAUUCAAAAACAUAGCUGUGACCAAUGUUGUUUAGCUAUAAUGGGGUUUAAUAUUAAAAUGUAAAAUGCAGUUAAUCUUUCAGCUGCUUUUACCCAAUAUUGUGUGUCUGUAUGAUAAAUUGCGUACUCCAAGUACACAUUGGCAUGGUAACGUGAAGGGCACUUUAAUGCUACGGGAAAAAACAAGUGAAAGCAAUUUUUAUCCUCAACUACGUUUUGUAUCUUAUCUAUAGCCUUUUGACUUAAAUUACUUUUUGGCAAGGAUCUUGUAUUAUUUUGACACCAGUACUUGAAUGAGGUAUUGCUUCAAUGAUCGUUGCUGCCUCAAAACAAAGAUUUAUUUCUAACUGGCACAGUGUAGUGCUUUUUUUUCGGCUUGUUCAUGCAGUUGACAAGAAUAGCUGAGAGUCAGGACUGUUGAUUCAGUCUGAAAUUGUUGUAACUAAAAAAAUGCCAGGGUGACCUUUUUGACUUAAUCUAUUAUUUAAGCUGUUUUUUAAAAAAAAGUCUAUUCAGGAGAAAUUUGUCAUAUGAAGUUCCUUUUAAGUACAUUUCUUUAAACAUUGCAGGCAAUUUUUAAAAAUUCCCAAAACAGGGUAAGCAAAUUGAAAACAGUAUACUUGUUACAUUGAGUAAUGUCAUUCAAAAUACCUUGUAUCCAAAGUGUUGUGCCUUAUAUUGUAUUUUUUUAGUAUUGUGUUCUGAUUAGAGUGUGUGAUCUUUGUAGCUGAAUUAUGGCUGAGUUAAUGUUUCAUGAUGAAGUGAAAAUGUAAAGAAUUUUAUGAAUUGAUUUUGUUUCAAUUUAUUUGCAGAAGCAACUUAGUAAGCAAAUCUCCAUAAUAUGAGUGUUAAAAAAGAGAAUGUGAUUUUAACUGAAUUACUUUCAAGGGAACAAUGUGGAGAAUAUCUCUCCUAAUAAUGCUGUUGACACAUUGGUAAACUGUAGUUGAGCACACUAGGGUUUAAGAAAGACUCAAAUGUUGUCAUCACUGGUGAGAUAUUCUGUUUUGUGUGUGUGUGUGUGUGUGUGUGUGUGUGUAUGGCUCUUGAGAGUUGCAAUAAAUCUGAAAUGUCAGUUUAUUCAUGACCAUUUAAUUGUUGUCUCACACAAAUAUAAAUAUUGAUCUUGUGAGAAUGACAGUACCAUUCAUGCUACAAAGAAUAAAUUUUGUCAUCUAUGCAUUGACAGUUGAAAGUUGGUAUUUUCUAAUGUGUGAGAAAACAUAACUUACAAAAUAAGCUUACAUGUUGUGCAAUAUUCCAUGUUAAGCACACAUUUAUGUGAGAUUCUGUAUAAUUUUUUUAUAACUUUAAUUGUAAUUUAACAGGUUAGAUCUGAAUUCAAAAGAAUCUUAGAAUGUUUUGUUGCUGGGAUGUUUAGGCAAGAAAUGAGCAGUACUUUUUUUGAGUUCUUGAUCAUGAGACAGUAAAAGCAGAAAACAUUAUUACUUGCGUUUAAAAUCAGAAAUGAAUUUGAAAGCAUAUUGAUUGUUACACAACACUUUGAGGCUGCAGUCCUGUAUAUUUUGUAAUCAUAUAUAAUGCACUGAAGGAAACUCAAAAUGACACUCCUGUAGUAGUAGCAAGUGUGAAAAGAUUGAAUUAAACAUACUGCAAAAACGCUCAA